AUGUCGUCGAUAACAUUGCCACGACGUGUUCAGAAUAUCAAUUUAAUUGAUAGAAAUUCAAAUAAUAUUAAUGGUGAAGAAACAAAAAAUAUAACUGUUGGUAGUUAUCCAUCAGAUAAUUAUGGACGUUAUUUUCAACGAUCAACACCAAAUCAACUAAUGAAAACUACUCGAGCUUUAUCAUAUAAUGAAGACAAUAUUCAGUUACAAUCAAAUCCCAACAUUAUGAAUAAUAAUAAUAAUAAUAAUAAUAAUAAUAAUAAUAAUCGAUUAAAACAUUUAUGCACACGAUUUAUACGUCGUUUUAGUAUAAGCAGAGAACAUCGUGCACGUAGUGAAGAUAUGAGUAGAGGUUUAUCAAUACGUUUUAGUAAUUAUAAAUCAUUUUCAUCUUCAACUGAUGAUUCAUGUAAUGAUUUUGAAUGGCCAGAUUUUGAAAAAAUUUAUGAUACAAUUCCAUCAUGUCUUGCAAAAACUCUACCCGGUCUUGAUGAUUUUUCAAUUGAUGAAGAAGAAGAAGAAGAAGAAGAAGAAGAUGAUGAUGAUGAUGAUGGUUCAACAAAUUCAAUAGGUUUCAUUAUUGAUGAAACAAAUGAACAAUCAGAUUUAUUUGAAAAUUGUGAACGUGGAAAACAUUUUCGACGAAAUGCUUUAUGUCAUAAACUUGAUAAAAGUCAAUAUCAUGGACAAUUGGAUACAUUUAUACAACAAUUAUUAAUUGAAAAAUUAAUGAGAACAUGGACUUAA